UAUAUAUAACUAUAUAUGUGUAUACAUAAACCUAUAAAUACAUACAUCUGGAGUUAAACUAAAUCAAAUCUUAAAGUGUGUUUAAUGAGAUUAAAAUUAAUGUUUGUUACAAACACCUACAAUAAGAAAUUAAAAUAUUUAACACCUGUACAUAAUAAUUCAAUUUAAUAUACAUUUAUUUACAUUAUAACAAGUAAAAUAUCUGUAAACUAUAAAGUAGUAAACUAAUAAGUUCUUUAUAUUAUAAAAUAAAAAGUAAAAUAUUUUUCAAUUAAGAUGGCAGAAACCAAAGUUAUCAUUGAUUGUGAUGCUGGUAUAGAUGAUGCACUAGCAUUAAUAAUAUUAAUUGCUGCUCAUAAACAAAAGAAAAUUCAGAUUGAAGCGAUUACUUGUGUCAAUGGCAAUACAACUGUAGACAAUGUGGUAAAAAAUGUAUUUAGAACUUUAGAUGUUUGUAAGGCAACAGAUAUACCAGUUUAUCAAGGAGCAUACGCACCUUUAGUUUGCAUUAAAAAUGCAGUUCAGGAUCAUUAUCAUGGCAUUGAUGGAUUUGGAGAUGUAUAUAAUACCCAGAUAGAUACAAGACCAUUAACAAACAUAGCAUUGGCUAUAAAAAUGUACCCCCAAUUUGUGGACCAUGUGAAAGAAUUUUACAUUAUGGGAGGAAAUGCAACAGCACAAGGAAAUAUUACACCUCAAGCAGAAUUUAAUUUUUACAUGGAUCCAGAAAGUGUACAUAUAGUAUUUAAUAAUAAUAAAAAUCCUUUGAGGCUGUUACCAUGGGAAACAUGUUUAAAAUCUUGUAUUUCACAUGAAUGGCGGAGAGACGUAUUAGGUAAAAUGGAUAAACCUUGCAUUCAGCUUAUGAAUGAUAUUGAAUAUGCAUAUCAAAAGACAAGAAAAAGACGAUUUCCUAAUUAUAUUACAUGUGAUGCAAUUUUAGCUGCAAUAUUAUUAAAGCCAGAAAUUGCUCAAAAUGUAGUGCCAUAUCAUGCUGAUAUUGAAUUAAAUGGUACUAGAACACGAGGUCAGGUUGUACUUGAUCAUUUAUUGUUAAAUGAACCUAAUGUACUCCUAAUUCAAGAUUUUGAUUCAGAAAGUUUUAAAAAACUUUUAAUAUUUUCUGUAGAUAACUUAGAUUAUAAUAUGACAAAUACAUAAUAAAGUUAAACUACAAUAUGUACAUGAAUAAUAUUUUGCGCAUAUAUAUAUAUUUUUAUAUUUGAUUUAUUAUUAUAUAGAAACACAAGAAUGAUUUUAUAUAUUACUCAAAUUCUAACAGGAAUGUUCCCAAUUUUUAAAUAUUUAGACAAUGCCACAUUGUACUAUAAAACAGUAAAAAAUAUAAUGUCAUACUGUUUUAUUAUUCAAUAUAUGUAUUUACAAUAUAUUAUCAUCUGGAACAGUAAAAAGGUUAAUUUAUUGUAAUGUAAAACAUUGUAAAAAUUUGAAAUAUAUUAUUAAUGGAGUAUAAAUAUGUA